GUAGAAAUCAGUCCGCAGGAAUGUGAGACAGACAAAACCUGUUAGCAUGUUACCCGCGUGCUAGCUGACACACACACACGUUAGCGGGUACUGGAGGGUUCAGGUUCAGGGUCGGUGCUCGUGGAAGUGACGCUUCACUUAGUAAAAGAUCAGCGCUGAUAUUAACCUGCGAGUUUGUGACCUGACGUCCGGUGGACUAACGCACCACCAGUGGACGCUUCAUUCAUCCCUCUCUCUCGCCGUCUGGGACUGAGCCGGGUGGACUACGUUUUUAUCCCGUCUUCGUUCUGAGGUUGAGGACGUCCGGCCCGUCGGACUGACCGCCACCACCGUGUGCGUGCGAUACUUUAAGGACUGCUCAUGCAUCGUUUAAGGACUUGUGCGGCGCGAUUGCGUCCGCUCACCGCCUCGCAGGCGGCUCAGACUGUCGGCCAGCAGCGGCCAAUCACAGUCGCCUCCACAGGCGGCACAAGGACGUUUCAGCCAGUCAGGUGCUACACGGCGCCUGUGGCCUCGGAGCCGUUCCUAAACGGGACGAGCUCCAACUACGUGGAGGAGAUGUACUAUGCCUGGCUGGAGAACCCCAAGAGUGUUCACAAGUCGUGGGAUGUAUUUUUCAGGAACGCCAACGCCGGCGCUCCCCCCGGCGCCGCCUACCAGUCCCCUCUGGGUCUGUCUUCAGCUCCUCAGCUCUCCUCUCUGGUCGGAGCUCAGCCCAACGUGGAGAAGCUGGUGGAGGAUCACCUGGCCGUCCAGUCGCUCAUCAGGGCCUACCAGGUGAUGGGGCAUCACAACACCCAGUUGGAUCCUCUGGGAAUCAGCUGUGUGAAUUUUGAUGAUGCUCCGGUCAAAGCCGGCUUCCAGGACGUCG